AUGAAGGCCUCAAUCAUCCUCGCUCUUCCCGCCCUUGCCAUCGCGGCUGCUACCCCUCAGAUGGAGGAGCGACAGCUCCCGAGUCUCUUCGACCCUUCUUGUCUUCUCCAGAUCACUGGUAUCACCAGGUGUCUCCCAAACCUCAGCCUCGACAGCAUCAUUGGAAUUGUCGACGUCAUUGGCUGCCCUCUUAGUCUCGCUGGCCAGAUCGCUGCUUGCCUUGAUGUUUCCGUUCCCGGCACCAAGUAA